ACACCCUCACAAACGGGGUUUCUCCCACUCAAACGAAACGUGUCAACAAGGGUUAGGAAACGACCUACAGUCCUACCUUUGUAUGACAAAACGCAAGAACAGCAACUAUAAUGGAACAAUUUCGGAUUUGUAGCCAUAUUUGGAACUUAUAAACGAACAGAUGUAAACUGGGAUGGCUGUUGUUUUCGGACAUCGUGUUGUUUACAAGGAUUAACGGGAACAAAGUGUCCAAGUAAGCUUCUUUGAGAGUGCCAAUAACUCCCUUAUUCAUCCAGCCAGGGCAGCGCGGUGCCUUUGGGCAUGAGCGCGUUGGAGCAGGAGCGGCUGCGCACGCUCUUCCACGCCUAUGAUGCGAAUCAUUCGGGGCGGAUUGAAAAAUGUGAGUUCUUAACCCUCUGCUCGGAGCUCGGAGUGUCGGUGAGCGAACCGGAGAGAAUAUUCGACCAGCUGGACGUAGACCAAGACGCUACGGUUACCUUGGAAGAGUUCAUCAACGGCUUCCAGGAACGCUACGUGAACGGCCCAGGGAUGCUGGAGGCGGAUGGCUCCGUGGCCUGGGAGGACUUCGAGAGAAGGCUGGGAGAACAGGCGAUGUUCAUACCCAGGAAGGAGCAGGCGGCGACUCUGUACCAGAACAUCCGUCUGACAGAGCCCCGGCUCAUGCAGCAGUAUGAGAGGGUCAUCCUCAACUUCACCAAGGAGAUCAGACAGCACAACGGGGAAAUGGAGAACCUAGCACUGGCUGUCAAACGGGCGCAGGACCAAGCAACCAUGCAGCUCAGUGAGAUGGAGGAGGAGAUGGACCAUCGCAUCCAAGCAGCCGAGAAGAAGUCACGCCAUCAGGAAACGUUACGAACAGAGGCAGCACUUAAUGAGUUGCGUCGUUCCUACGAGACGGAGAUCUGUGAGUUGCAGUGUAAGAUCCAACGCAUGCAGGUGAUAGAAGAGAAGUUCAAGAACAUCAGCAACAGGGAUGAGAGCUUCUCCCUCAAGAAGAGGAUCAACGAGCUCACGAUAGAGAACCAGCGGUUGAAGCAGGACCUCAUGAAGUCCCAGACCAACAUCGCCUGUCUGCAGAGUGAGAUGGACUCUCUGAAGACCGACCUGACGGAUCAAAGCAUGAACUCUGAACGAGACGAAGAGAUGAUGAAAGUGUUUUCUGAUGAGAGGGACAGUCUGGAGAGACAGAUAGAGGUGCUACAGUUGGCAAACAGGAAGCUUCAUGACUCUAACGAUGGUUUAAGGACAUCACUGGAGAGGGGCAACAAGACAGGAGGCAGUGUGACGGAUUUCAAGAAAAACAGAAGCAAAAGCAUCUGCUACUCGUCACCGUACGCCUUAAUCGACAGGUUGUACGAGCGCUCGGAGGAGGAGCCGGAGGAGCGCCUGUACCGCCGUCGGCCCAGCUGUGACGCCCUGGCCCUGGCCAUGUGCGACCCGGGCCUCCGCCGACGCCACAGCAGCGAGUGUGAGGAGGACAGCCUGCCGGAGAGCUGCAUGGACAGUGGGCUGUCCACGCUGAGGGGCUCGCGGGGGGAGUACGACUCUGAGCCCGAGGUCAAAUGUCAGGAGGAGGAGGAGGAAAAGGGGGAGAAAGAGGAAGAAGAAGAGGAGGAGAAGGUGGAAGGGAAAGAGGUGGCGGAGGAGACGACGGAAGAAGAGGAGAAGGAGGCGGACGAGGAGGAGGAGGAGGCGAAGGCGGUGAACCGAGGAGUGAAUGACACUGAGGAUAGCAUGACGGGAGAUUACUCUGAGGUUGAUCCAACGGAGGCACAAGAUGGGGAUUCACAGUUUGGGUCUGACAGUGGUUUGGACUGGAUGACAUCUCAGCCUGUCAGCAGAAAGAAUUCUGGGACUUCCAACACGACUCGCAAAGCCCUUACUGCCUUCACGGCUCAGGAGAGGCCGAGGGACUGUGUAGAGCUGGGCUUCAUGUCGUCGGAGAAGGCCUACCGCAUCGUGCUGGCCGGGGACGCGGCCGUUGGCAAAUCCAGCUUCCUCCUCCGCCUCUGCAAGAACGAGUUUAAAUUGAAUGGCAGCGCUACUCUGGGAGUGGAUUUCCAGAUGAAGACUCUCACUGUUGACGGAGAGCCUACUGUUCUUCAGCUAUGGGACACUGCAGGACAGGAGAGGUUCCGCAGCAUCGCAAAGUCCUACUUCCGUCGUGCCGAAGGCGUGCUGCUGCUGUACGAUGUCACCUGUGAAAGGAGCUUCCUCAAUGUGAGGGAAUGGGUUGACAUGAUCGAGGAUUUGUCACAUGAUGACAUACCCAUCAUGUUGGUAGGCAACAAGUGUGACAUGAGGCAGCAAGGAAUAGUCUGUGUCCCUACCAGCUAUGGAGAAAAACUAGCUAUGACCUACAACGCUAUGUUCUGUGAGACAAGUGCUAAAGACGGGUCCAAUGUCCUGGAGGCUGUUCUACACCUGGCCAGAGAGGUCACUAAGAAGGUCCUAUUGGAAGACAGGUACGUGUCAACUACAAGUUUGAAACCUUCAAGGAACAAACCUGUCACCUCCUGUUGCUGACAGACCUGAGGUACAACUCCAGACAGCUGUAUUGUCACUGAACACUGAACAAGACACUCUUCCUCUUCUGCAUUCUGAGAAAUUAACUCUAAAGAAGAAUAUGGUGACUGGAACAUGACAGCAAUUUCAUUUUAUCAGAACAAAGUAUAUAAGAAAUGGUGUGGAUACGUUCAGCACACUGCAACCUUGGCUUUGCUGCUUUCUAGAGUUCUCUCUCUCAAUUCGGCUUUAAGUCCUCAGCUUAAGUCUUUGCUAGCUAUGUAACUCUGUGAUAAAUAAGAUCCUUGUACAUGUCCUAAGUCGUAUGCAGUUGUUAACAUGACCCCUAUUUAAGAAGUUGUUUGGUUGUUUGGUUGUUUGGAAGUUGGUUUUUGGACGUGAUGCAAGUAUAAGUGAGAUUUGUGUAUGUAGCAAGAAAGGAAUGUUCAUUGAACUGUGUAUUUGUCACUUAUUUUAUUUUUAUUGACAUAUUACCUCCUGCGCUGGGCACAGGCAUUAUGCAAAGUUGAACCAUUUUGAAGACAUUUGAUGAGAAGGAAAAUAACACAAGGGUAUGUAGUCUAAUGCUUAGGCUGGAUGUUUAGAAUAACACAUUUAUGUUUAUGUUCAUAUUUUAGUUGUAUAUGAAGGACUUGUGCUAUGAAGGAACUUGCUGUGAGUCUCAUCCAGAUUUAUGAGAAAGGGUUGGUCUGUCACAAUUUGCAGUAAGAAUUGGAGAUUAAGUGUCUCUAGGGACAAAAUGAUUCAGAGAAUUCCUGAAAUGAAGGUACUCAAAUAUCAGAGGAGGACGCUGAUAAAAAAUUAUAUAAAAAUCCUUAUGUGAUACUUUUUUGGAAUUUAUUUAUGACUCCACUGCUUUAAUAGUCUCGUGGAUUUAUAGUGUUAAAUUGACUUGACAAUCUAAUAGAGCUAUUCUAGAAGCUAUUAAUAGUAUUUAAUGUUGGGCGAUUGUUUUGCAUAUUGCUCAAAGUGAAACAAAAUGUGUGAUGAUUUGGAGAAUAUGUGUAUGUGCCUUUUUCUUCUUUACUUCAUGAGACCAUAUUAUGCAACAGAGGCUGCCCAACAUAAUAUAUUUCCUAAGUAAAUGUGAUAAAAAAAUACUCAGACCAAUCCUACACAAGGUAUGAUAUGUAUAAUUUCCGCAAUAAAAAAAGCUAAUCUAACAACUAGACCAAUGUUAUAUAAUUGGUUGAGUUGUGUGCUAACAUUA